AUGCUCACACAAUUUCCACUAGAGCUCGUCGAGCUCAUUCUGAACAAUUGCGAGAAGAGCGACUUGAGCAGCCUCACUCAAGUGUCCAAGACUUACAAGAAAAUCUUCAAGGGCGACUCUGUGGAACUCGGUGUCACUCGUUCCACGUGGACAAGAGAAACUCACAUUGAUGUCGUUGUGAAGAAGGCCCAGCAUGUCCUCUUGCGCCUUGAGGAGGGCCAACUAUCUAGUUUUAGCUGGGACCUUGUCUCUUGCGUGGAUUCCAAGAUUCUCGGGAGAACGGGGGUUAUUCCCUUGAAACAACCGCAACUGAAAUCCUUAAGCCUGGUUACAUGCUAUACUUGCGACAGCGGUGACUUUGGCGUGGACUGCGAAAUAGACCUCACGGUAUUCCAUGAGCUGCAUCACCUGUCUUGGCGGGGACUUAACCGUUCCCAUCAGCGUGCUGUCUCCACGGCUAUUCAAAGGAACUCGGGUCACAUGGAGACUCUGGAAUUGGACUUCGGCAACUGGCGGCGACUCAGAGGCACUCUAAUGAGCGAUGACGCCGAUGAGGAGUACAACCCGCAAGAGUAUUUCUCCAGGGAAGUUCUAUGCCUGAACGAGAAACCCACUCACCUCCUCUUUCCCAGAAUCCGCUCCCUAUCUCUUUCGCACGUGGCGCUCUCAUCAACUGUCUCUCAUGCCUUGAGUCUUCGCACUCUCGAGUCUCUUACCAUACGAGCGUGUCCGGGAUGGGAUGAAUUUCUAGACUGCCUUCUGCUGCAAAAUGUCGGGAUCCGUCUAACGCGACUCGAGAUCCAAGAAUCAGAUGACGCAACCGUCGGAGCUUCUGAAGAAACACUAUUGCGGUUUCUGAGCGCCAGCAAGGCUCUUAACGAGCUCUGUGUCCUCCUGGCAGGAUCCACGAAUCCUCUCCCACUAUGGAAUCACAUUUCUCGCCACCUUGGAAGUAUCGAGCGAUUUGUCUACCAUCAGAGGACUAAAAUUGAACGCCAUAGCGUUGAUGUCGAGGAUUUGCGCAUCGAAGACCCCUCACAAAACCCUCUUGGAACACUGGAUCUAGACUUCCUCGGGAUUUGUUGUUCCCCCUGUACUUUGAAGCCUCUUUUAUCGCCCUUCACAUCUAAUGGUUCUUCUCUAACAGUACUCCACAUCCGCCAAUCCGCCGAUGAUGUGGAGAAUAUGCAUGACCGAGCAUCAUGGGCGUUCGAUGAAUCCUCCGUCCGCAGACACCGACCUGAGGCAAUGGAAACGUCAGUUAACAAAGGAAGCGUCAAAGAUCACUUAGACCUCUACCCCUUGGAAACCGACUUCGUUGAUUUUGCCAACUGGGCGUUUGGACCGCACGGCAUACCAUCACUCCGAUUCCUCCUUUGCGGCGAUUUCGCGUAUAAUGCCCGCCAGGCUGACCCCGUAAUACUGAGGAGGCAUAAAGGAGACGAUAUGCUGUUCGAAAUUUUGUACGAGAACGGACCUGCUUGGAGGCAAGUCUUCGGAACGUACGGCGAUGCCGUAAAAAGUUGUCGUAUUGAGAAAGACUUGACCUGGACGUCUUAUAACCGCAUCGAUAAAUGGAGACUGCGUGGACUGUUCAGAGGCCAACCAAGGACCACCCGGUAUGCUUUUCGGCCGAUAAGAAAUUAG